UUCGCUUUGUAAGCGAAUGGGGAUGCGAAGCCGCGAAAGAACCCCCGUUCUUAUGGCGGGCGGGGAAGGGGAGCUUCCCCUGUGAGGGCGGCACUGGCUCCCUUUUUCUUGCUUUCCCCCGCGUCUAUCCUUUAAGUUUAUAUUAUAUCCCGCUUUCUCUUCCUUCAAGUGCUCAAGGGGUUUUUCAUAGCAUUCCCUCCUGCUCAUUUCCCCGCACAACAACCCUGUGAGGAGCCCCUGGCAAAAUGGCAGAAUGUUCAGCUCUUCAGUUUGUCAGCCCUUACGCCUUCGAAGCCAUGCAGAAGGUGGAUGUGGUGCGUUUAGCGGCACUGAGUGACCCGGAGCUCCGAUUGUUGCUGCCUUGCUUGGUGAGAAUGGCCUUGUGCGCCCCAGCUGACCAGAGCCAGAGUUGGGCCCAGGACAAGAAGCUCAUCCUCCGCCUGCUUUCAGGGGUCGAAGCCGUAAACUCCAUUGUAGCUUUGCUCUCUGUGGAUUUUCAUGCUCUGGAACAGGAUGCGAACAAAGAGCAGCAGCUGAGACAUAAGCUUGGUGGAGGCAGCGGAGAGAGCAUUUUGGUGUCCCAGCUGCAGCACGGCCUGACUCUGGAGUUUGAACACAGCGAUUCCCCCCGGCGGCUCCGUCUUGUGCUGAGUGAGCUGCUGGCAAUUAUGAAUAAGGUGGCCGACUCCAGUGGCGAAUUUUUUUCCAAAUCCCCAGAGCUGUUUGAGAGCCCAGUUUAUUUGGAAGAGGCGGCAGAUGUCCUCUGCAUUUUGCAAGCAGAACUUCCUUCCCUGUUGCCUAUCAUUGACGUGGCUGAAGCUUUGCUCCACAUGAAGAAUGGAGCUUGGUUCCUCUGCCUUUUAGUAGCCAACGUCCCGGACAGUUUUAAUGAAGUAUGUAGGGGCUUGAUUAAGAACGGUGAGAGGCAAGAUGAGGAGAGCUUUGGAGGCCGUCGCAGGACCGAUGCUCUGCGUCACCUUUGCAAAAUGAACCCUUCCCAGGCGCUGAGGGUCCGUGGCAUGGUGGUGGAGGAAUGUCACUUACCAGGACUUGGUGUGGCUUUGACUCUGGAUCACACCAAGAAUGAGUUUUCGGAGGAUGGUGUCAGUGACCUGGUCUGUUUUGUGAGUGGCUUGUUGCUUGGGACGAAUGCCAAAGUUCGGACGUGGUUUGGAACUUUUAUCCGGAACGGUCAACAGCGCAAACGGGAGAGCAUCAGCUCUGUCCUUUGGCAGAUGAGGAGGCAGCUGCUGCUCGAACUAAUGGAGAUCCUGCCUACCGUCCGCAGUUUGCACAUCCCCGAGGAGGCCGAGCCAGACAUGGAACCUAACAUCUCGGUCUAUUCUGGGCUGAAGGAGGAACAUGUCGUCAAGGCCAGCGCCCUCCUGCGCCUCUACUGUGCUCUGAUGGGCAUCGCCGGCUUAAAACCGACGGACGAAGAAGCGGAACAGCUACUUCAGCUCAUGACCAGCCGCCCACCAGCCACUCCGGCGGGAGUCCGCUUUGUGUCGCUCUCUUUCUGCAUGCUGCUUGCUUUCUCCACGCUGGUCAGCACCCCAGAACAGGAACAGCUGAUGGUGAUGUGGUUGAGCUGGAUGAUCAAGGAAGAAGCUUAUUUUGAAAGCACUUCUGGAGUUUCGGCUUCCUUUGGUGAGAUGCUAUUAUUGGUCGCCAUGUAUUUCCAUAGCAACCAGCUCAGUGCUAUCAUCGAAUUGGUGUGCUCUACUUUGGGAAUGAAGAUCGUCAUCAAACCCAGUUCUCUGAGUCGCAUGAAAACCAUCUUCACCCAGGAGAUUUUCACUGAACAGGUGGUGACCGCUCACGCGGUGCGGGUGGCCGUGACGAGCAACUUGAGCGCCAACAUCACGGGCUUCCUGCCCAUCCAUUGCAUUUACCAGCUUCUCAGGAGCCGUUCGUUCACCAAGCACAAAGUCUCCAUCAAGGACUGGAUUUACAGACAACUGUGUGAAACCACAACACCCCUCCAUCCUCAGUUGCUCCCACUCAUCGAUGUGUACAUCAACUCUGUUCUGACACCUGCCUCUAAAUCUAACCCAGAAGCCACCAACCAACCCAUCACGGAGCAGGAAAUCUUGAAUGUUUUCAAAGGACUGACCGGGGGAGGAGAAGCUGCUCGGCUGAAUCCCCGUUACCGAAUCACAGCCCAGCUGUUGGUCCUGUACUACAUCCUGUCUUAUGAAGAAGCCAUCCUGGCCAGUUCAAAGUCUUUGGCUGCCAUGCAAAGGAAGCCCAAGUCUUAUUCCCCCGCGCUGAUGGAUCAGAUCCCGAUUAAAUUCCUCAUCCGGCAGGCUCAAGGACAGCAGCAAGAAUUGGGAGGUUUGCAUUCCGCCCUGCUGCGCCUCCUGGCAACCAACUAUCCCCACCUUUGCAUCGUGGACGACUGGAUCUGUGAGGAACACAUCACGGGCACCGACGUUUUGCUGCGCAAGAUGCUUCUGACCAACGCUGCCAAGAAACACUCCCCAGAGCAACUGCAGGAAGCUUUCUCAACGCUGCAAGGGAAUCACACUCAGGUCCUGCAGAUUUUGGAGCACUUAACGCUUCUCUCGGCUGCCGAAUUAAUCCCUUACGCCGAGGUGCUGACAUCCAACAUGCACCAGCUGUUCCAUCCUGGAGUCCCCCGGCGAAUCCUUCAGACGGUCAACAGGAUUUGGAUGGCGUUGAACAUGGUCAUGCCACGCAGGUUGUGGGUAAUGACAGUGAAUGCCCUGCAACCGUCCGGCAAAACGGUCAGACAGCAGAAGUACACCCAGAAGGACCUUCUCAUUGACCCCCUGAUUGUGUUAAGGUGUGAUUCGAGGGUUCACAGGUGUCCGCCUCUGAUGGAUAUCACCUUGCACAUGCUGAAUGGCUACCUGCUAGCUUCAAAAGCCUACUUGAGCGCCCACCUCAAAGAAACGGCCGGUCAGGAUGUGAAGCCUUUGCAAAACAACAUAACGGGUCUGGAAGGCCCCGAAGUGACGCGGGAAGAACUGAAAAACGCCCUGCUAGCAGCCCAGGAUAGUGCCGCGGUGCAGAUCCUUCUGGAGAUCUGCUUGCCUUUGGAAGAAGAAAGCCCUCCAGGCAGGAGGUCUACCAGACUGCUGAAGAACCACCCGGGAAGUGCCGCACGCAGUCCUCCAAACAAGCCGGUCAAAGAGGAAGAGGAGGAGGAAAAGGAAGGAGGAGACGGGGAGGAAGUAGAAGACAGCCUUCUCUGCAACUUGAGAGAAGUCCAGUGCCUGGUUUGCUGUCUUGUGCACCAGAUGUUCAUCGCCGACCCCAACAUCGCUAAGCUGGUUCACUUCCAGGGCUACCCUUGUGAGCUGCUCCCCCUAACCGUGGCUGGCAUCCCCUCUAUGCAUAUCUGCCUGGACUUCAUUCCCGAACUGAUUGCUCAGCCUGAACUGGAGAAACAGAUAUUUGCUAUCCAGUUGCUUUCUUACUUGUGCAUUCAGUACGCGCUACCCAAGUCUCUCAGCGUGGCACGUUUGGCUAUCAAUGUCAUGGGGACCCUGCUGACAGUUCUGACGGAGGCCAAGCGUUACACGUUUUUUAUGCCUACCCUGCCCUGCUUGGUCUCCUUCUGCCAAGCCUUUCCUCCCCUCUACGAAGACAUCAUGUCCCUGCUCAUUCAAGUUGGGCAAGUUUGCGCUUCUGACGUUGCCACAGAAACGAGGGAUUUUGAUCCGAUUAUUACGCGCCUCCAACAACUGAAGGAAAAGCCUACGGAACAGACGAGACUUCCCACGACUCACAAAACUGGAGGCGGGGCCCCUAGCGCAGACCCCAACGUCCAACUCUGUCACUGCAUUGAAAAUACCUUCGUUGAAAUAAUUAACAUGAGCGUCGGGGCCGUUUAAGCACCUCCAGGUGGGCCAGGCUGUUGCAAAACCGCAGGAUAUUACGUGGAUUUUAUUUUUAUUUUUGCCAAAGUAAAAACGGAGGAUUGUCUGGAAAUGUGUGGAACGCUUUUUUUUUCACCUCUGCGGCAUGAACCGCAAGUCAACAACUGCUGCUUUCCGAGAAAGCAUCUCUAGACUGGGGUGAUUAAGAUCUGUUUUCUCCAGCCAGGUCCUCUUCUGACAGCCACCCUGGCUGGAGAUUCUGAAAAGAGGAGCCUGGGAAGUUACUGGUACGGGGGUUAGGCUUUUCCUGCGGCAGGAAUCCAGGUUUCCUUGCAUUUCAAAGAGGAGGCCAGACCAACAAAGAUUGCCAAUGGGUCAUGUAACAUCGUUUGGAGAAUUGGAUUCACCUUUUGUAAAAAAAAAAAA